UGGGCCUGCUCUGGGCUGAGGCGGCGGGGGUGGACCCCGCAGUGACCCAGGUCCGGGCCUCUGCCGCGCCCACCUUACCCUAACCCUGGAGCUCCAAGCGCUCGUUCGUUUUAAGUCAUGGCGGGUGCGAGGGUAUUCCUGCUUUCGGCGUCCCCCCACGACAGUCCUUCACAUGGGGAGAGAUGAGGAGUCCUCGGAUGCGUCCCUGCCCACUAUGGCCAAGCCAUCAAGCAAAGAUUCAGGCUUGAAGGAGAAGUUUAAGAUUCUUUUGGGACUGGGAACUUCAAGGCCAAAUCCCAGGUCUGCAGAGGGUAAACAGACGGAGUUUGUCAUCACCGCGGAAACCCUGAGAGAACUGAGUGGCGAUAGUGGCCUUAACAAUCGUAUCCGGGUGAUUGGGCAGAUCUGUGAAGUUGCAAAAACGAAGAAAUUUGAAGAGCAUGCAGUGGAAGCGCUCUGGAAGGCCGUCGCAGACCUGCUGCAGCCAGAGAAGCCACCAGAGGCCCGGCAUGCAGUGCUGGCUCUGCUGAAGGCCAUCGUGCAGGGGCAGGGGGACCGCCUAGGUGUUCUGAGGUCCUGCUUCUUCAAGGUCAUCAAGGAUUACCCCUCCAACGAAGACCUCCAUGAAAGACUGGAAGUUUUCAAGGCCCUCACAGACAAUGGGAGACACAUCACCUACUUGGAAGAAGAACUGGCUGAGUUUGUCCUGCAGUGGAUGGAUGUCGGCCUGUCCUCAGAAUUCCUUCUGGUGCUUGUGAACCUCGUCAAAUUCAAUAGCUGUUACCUAGAUGAAUACAUCGCGUCAAUGGUCCACAUGAUCUGCCUGCUGUGUGUCCAGACUGUGUCCUCUGUGGACAUAGAGGUCUCCCUGCAGGUGCUGGAUGCCGUGGUCUGUUACAACUGCCUGCCGGCUGAGAGCCUCCCUCUGUUCAUCGUCACCCUCUGCCGCACCAUCAACGUCAAGGAGCUCUGUGAGCCUUGCUGGAAGCUGAUGCGUAACCUCCUGGGCACUCACCUGGGCCACAGUGCCAUCUACAACAUGUGCCGAAUCAUGGAGGACAGAGCCUACAUGGAAGACGCCCCGCUGCUGAGAGGAGCUGUGUUCUUUGUCGGCAUGGCUCUCUGGGGAGCGCACAGACUCUAUUCUCUCAAGAACUCCCCGACAUCUGUGUUGCCGUCAUUUUACGAGGCCAUGACCUGUCCAAACGAGGUGGUGUCCUAUGAGAUCGUCCUCUCCAUAACCAGACUCAUCAAGAAGUACAGGAGGGAGCUCCAGGCCGUGACAUGGGACAUUCUGCUGAACAUUAUCGAACGCCUGCUUCAACAGCUCCAGAGCCUGGAGAGCCCGGAGCUCAAGGCCAUCGUCCACGACCUGCUGACUACAGUGGAAGAGCUGUGUGAUCAGAACGAGUUCCACGGCUCUCAGGAUAGAUACUUUGAGCUCAUUGAGAGAUGUGCAGACCAGAGGCCUGAGUCCUCCCUCUUAAACUUAAUAACCUACAGGGCUCAGUCAAUCCACCCAGCAAAGGAUGGCUGGAUCCACAACCUGCAGUUACUGAUGGAGAGAUUUUUCAGGAGCGAAGCUCGCAGUGCUGUGCGCAUCAAGGUGCUGGAUGUCCUAUCCUUUGUGCUGCUCAUCAACAGGCAGUUCUAUGAGGAGGAGCUGAUCAACACGGUGGUCAUCUCACAGCUCUCUCACAUCCCCGAGGACAGAGACCACCAGGUCCGGAAGCUGGCCACGCAGUUGCUGGUGGACCUGGCUGAAGGCUGCCACACCCAUCACUUCAACAGCCUGCUGGACAUCAUCGAGAAAGUGGUCUCCCGCUCCCUCUCCCCACCCCCGGAGCUGGAGGAAAGAGACGUGGCGGUGUACUCAGCCUCCUUGGAGGAUGUGAAGACUGCCGUCCUGGGGCUCCUGGUCAUCCUCCAGACCAAGCUGUAUGCCUUGCCUGCCAGUCAUGCCAUGCGUGUGUAUGAGAUGCUCGUCAGCCACAUCCAGCUGCACUACAAGCACAGCUAUACCCUUCCCAUCGCCAGCAGCAUCCGGCUGCAGGCCUUUGACUUCCUGCUGCUGCUGCGGGCCGACGCAUUACACCGCCUCGGCCUGCCCACCAAGGACGGGGUUGUGCGAUUCAGCCCUUACUGCCUCUGUGACUACAUGGAGCCAGAGAGAGGCUCUGAGAAGAAGGCCAGCGGCCCCCUGUCACCUCCCACCGGACCACCCGGCCCAGCGCCUGCAGGCCCCACUGUGCGGCUUGGCUCUCUGCCCUACUCCCUGCUCUUCCGUGUCCUGUUGCAAUGUUUGAAGCAGGAGACCGACUGGAAGGUGCUGAAGCUCGUGCUGAGCAAGCUGCCCGAAUCGCUGCGCUACAAGGUCCUCAUUUUCACGUCCCCGUGCAGCGUCGACCAGCUGUCUUCCGCCCUUUGCUCCAUGCUUUCAGGUCCCAAGACCCUUGAGCGGCUCCGAGGCAUCCCGGAAGGGUUCUCCAGAACUGACCUGCAUCUGGCCGUGGUUCCCGUGCUGACGGCUUUGAUCUCCUACCAUAACUACCUGGACAAAGCCAGACAGCGGGAGAUGGUGUACUGCCUGGAGCAAGGUCUCAUCUACCGCUGCGCCAGCCAGUGCGUGGUGGCCCUGGCCAUCUGCAGCGUGGAGAUGCCGGACAUCAUGAUCAAGGCCCUGCCCAUCCUGGUCGUGAAACUGACUCACAUCUCAGCCACGGCCAGCAUGGCCAUUCCACUUCUCGAGUUCCUGUCGACUCUGGCCCGGCUGCCUCACCUCUAUAGGAACUUCGCAGCUGAGCAGUAUGCCAGCGUGUUUGCCAUCUCUCUGCCGUAUACCAACCCUUCCAAAUUCAAUCAGUACAUCGUGUGCCUGGCCCAUCAUGUCAUAGCCAUGUGGUUCAUUAGGUGCCGCUUGCCCUUCCGGAAAGAUUUUGUUCCUUUUAUCACUAAGGGCCUGCGUUCCAAUGUCCUCCUGUCUUUUGAUGACACCCCUGAGAAGGACAGCUUCAGAGCACGGAGCACCAGUCUCAACGAGAGGCCCAAGAGUUUGAGGAUAGCCAGACCCCCCAAACAAGGCUUGAAUAACUCUCCACCCGUCAAAGAAUUCAAGGAGAGCUCUGCAGCCGAUGCCUUCCGGUGCCGCAGCAUCAGUGUGUCUGAACAUGUGGUCCGCAGCAGGAUCCAGACGUCUCUCACGAGCUCCAGCUUGGGGUCUGCAGAUGAGAACUCGAUGGCCCAGGCUGAUGACAACUUGAAAAAUCUCCACCUGGAGCUCACAGAAACGUGUCUGGACAUGAUGGCCAGAUAUGUGUUCUCCAACUUCACGGCGGUCCCCAAGAGGUCCCCCGUGGGAGAGUUCCUCCUGGCCGGUGGCAGGACCAAAACUUGGCUGGUUGGGAACAAGCUUAUUACCGUGACAACGAGUGUGGGGACUGGAACCCGGUCGCUGCUGGGCCUGGACUCGGGAGAGCUGCAGGGCAGCCCAGAGCUGAGCUCUGACCCCAGCAUGCACGUGAGACAGACAAAGGAGGCACCAGCUAAGCUAGAGUCGCAGGCUGGGCAGCAGGUGUGCCGUGGGGCCCGGGACCGGGUCCGCUCCAUGUCUGGGGGCCACGGCCUUCGCAUUGGUGCCCUGGACGCUCCAGUCUCCCAUUUCCCAGGUGGCCCCACUUUGCCAGGCCCACAGACUGCAGCGGCCUGCAAGCCUGAGAAGGCCUCAGCUGCCACCCAGCUCCCAGUGCAGAAGGAGAAGACGAACCUGGCAGCCUACGUACCCCUCUUGACCCAGGGCUGGGCGGAGAUCUUGGUCCGGAGGCCCACAGGGAACACCAGCUGGCUGAUGAGCCUGGAGAACCCGCUCAGCCCCUUCUCCUCGGACAUCAACAACAUGCCGCUGCAAGAGCUGUCCAAUGCCCUCAUGGCCGCUGAGCGCUUCAAGGAGCGUCGCGACACGGCCCUGUACAAGUCACUGUCGGUGCCAGCGGCCGGCUCAGCCAAGCCCCCCCCACCCCCACGUUCUAACACAGUGGCCUCUUUCUCCUCCCUGUACCAGUCCAGUUGCCAAGGAAAGUUGCACAGGAGCAUUUCCUGGGCAGACUCUGCGGUAGUUCUGGAGGAGGGAGAUGCAGGUGAGGCUCACUUGCUGAUGGAGCCCCCGGAGUUGGAGGACUUCGAGGCCACAUUAGGCACAGAUAGGCGCUGUCGGGGUGCUGAAGCGUACAGCAGGUCAUCUUCAACCUCUAGCCAGGAGGAGAAGUCGUUCCGCGCAGAGGACCUGGCUGCUGGCGGGAUCCCCAUUGGGCAGACUGUCUCCUCCAAGGCAGCCCGGCCCUCUGUGGACCUCUCCUUCCAGCCCUCACAGCCCUUGAGCAAGUCCAGCUCCUCACCUGAACUGCAAACUCUGCAGGACAUCCUUGGGGACCCUGGGGACAAGGCUGAUGUUGGCCGGCUGAGCCCUGAGGCCAAGGCCCGGUCACAGUCAGGGAUCCUAGAUGGGGAAGGCACUUCCUGGUCAGCCCCAGGCGAAGAGAGCCGGGGCCCCAUCCAGCCCGAGGGUCCCUUGCCUUCCAGCUGUCCCCGCUCCCCCAGUGGCCUGCGGCCCCGAGGCUACACCAUCUCGGAUUCUGCCCCAUCACGCAGGGGCAAGAGGGUGGAGAGGGACUCCUUCAAGGGCAGAACCGGGGCCUCCAAUGCUGAGAAGGUGCCAGGCAUCAACCCCAGCUUCGUGUUCCUGCAGCUCUACCAUUCGCCUUUCUUUGGUGACGAGUCCAACAAGCCAAUCCUUUUGCCCAAUGAGUCCUUCGAGCGGUCGGUACAGCUGCUUGACCAGAUCCCAUCAUACGACACGCAUAAGAUUGCCGUCCUAUACGUGGGAGAAGGCCAGAACAACAGUGAGCUCGCCAUCCUGUCCAACGAGCAUGGCUCCUACAGGUACACGGAGUUCCUGACGGGCCUGGGCAAACUCAUUGAGCUCAAGGACUGCCAGCCAGAUAAGGUGUACCUGGGUGGCCUGGACGUGUGUGGCGAAGACGGCCAGUUCACCUACUGCUGGCAUGAUGACAUCAUGCAAGCUGUCUUUCACAUCGCCACCCUGAUGCCCACCAAGGAUGUGGACAAGCACCGCUGCGACAAGAAGCGCCACCUGGGCAAUGACUUCGUGUCCAUUGUCUACAAUGACUCUGGCGAGGACUUCAAGCUGGGUACCAUCAAAGGCCAGUUCAACUUUGUACAUGUGAUCAUCACCCCCCUGGACUACGAGUGCAACCUGGUGUCGCUGCAGUGCAGGAAAGACAUGGAAGGCCUCGUGGACACCAGUGUGGCGAAGAUCGUGUCUGACCGCAACCUGCCCUUCGUGGCCCGCCAGAUGGCCCUGCACGCAAAUAUGGCGUCGCAGGUGCACCACAGCCGCUCCAAUCCCACCGACAUCUACCCCUCCAAGUGGAUUGCCAGGCUCCGCCACAUCAAGAGGCUCCGUCAGCGGAUACGUGAGGAAGCCCACUACUCAAACCCCAGCCUGCCUCUGAUGCACCCCCCGGGCCAUGCCAAAACCCCAGCACAGGCCCCGACUGAGCCCACACCCACCUACGAGACGGGCCAGCGGAAGCGCCUCAUCUCCUCCGUGGACGACUUCACAGAGUUUGUGUGAGGCUGACUGGGGUGACGCCUGGUCCAAUUGGGGUUCCUUGUGGCUGUCGUCUGAGCAGCCACACACUGCUGGACCCUCCCUGCCCAGAACUGGGCAGUAUUUAUUUGCACACGUGAAUAAAGUGAUUGUGCGGCCCAGCAAGGCCUGCUGCUGUG